UGGAAAGUAACGAAUUACAUUUACUCACGUUACUGUAAUUGAGUACUUUUUAUGAGUAACUUGUAAUUUUCAGAGUAGUUUUUGAAAUGCGUAAUUUUUACUUUUACUCAAUUACAUUUUGACCCAAGUAUUUUACUUCGCUACAUUUGAAACCCCCUCACGUUACUGAGUACAACACUGAUAGUUUAAAAAAAAAUUGGGCGGAAAACCACUUUGUCCCCGGGAUUGAACGUCAAUUAAGCGACAUUCCAUUGCGCGCGCUCUAGAUUCCAACGCGUAGGGAUGGCUGUUGCAGGUGAGGUGGUUACAAUGGAUGAGGAGGAACAGUCAGAACGGAAAGAAGAGGAAAUACAAAACAAAAACCCUUGGCCCAACUUGGAAGAGCUCUUCGUGUUCAAACGCCAACAGGGGAACAACGUAAUAAUGCAGUGCAAAAUGUGUUUGCCCAGCAAAACGGAGCUUUCAGCCUACAAAACUUCGACGUCUAACUUGCGAAAGCAUGUGGUGAGAAAGCAUCCAUCAAAGCUUGCUGUUUUUAGUGCAUGUUCACGGAAGUCACUACAGGAGCUAGGAAGCAAGAGUAAACAGAGCAAGCUCCCAGGCAUCCAGGCCCAACUUGCGGUGGGAGGUGCCAUCCGUGCGUCUCAAGGAACAGUUGACCGCUUCCUCAUCAGGCUUAUUUGUGAAGGUCACCACCCAUUCUCUUUGGUAGAACAGCCAGCAUUUAAAGAGUUUGCGGCUGCACUCAAUCCUCAAUACAAAAUGCUAUCCAGACCCACUGUUAAGAGCAGAAUUGCCGAAGCUACUGCUGAUAUGAAGACCAAGUUAACAGCGCACCUUAGUAACAUAGAUCAUGUUGCAACCACCACAGAUUGUUGGUCUGCGCACCAAAAAAGCUACAUAGGGGUCACCUGCCAUUGGAUUGAUGAGGACACCUUUGAGAGAAGAUCCGUCGUGCUGGCAUGCAGGCACCUAAAAGGCUCACACACAUUUGAUGUCCUAGCCAGUGUCCUGGAUGACAUCCACUGCCAGUACCGAAUUCGUGGUAAAGUGGUUAGAACCACUACAGAUAGUGGCUCCAAUUUCAUCAAGGCAUUCUCUGUAUUUGGUGAGUGCGAGUCAGAGUCUGAGGAUGCCAGGUCAGACACAGACCAAGAAGAUUCAGAAGCAGAGGAUAAUGUUGAGUUUCUGGACACCUUCAGCAUCCUUCAAGAGGAUAACGGCCUUGAGUAUCAGCUCCCCAAACAUCAGAGGUGUGCAUGCCACCUGCUGAACUUGGUUGCCACGACAGAUGCUGACCUUGCUGAAAAGAAGAGCGACACCUACAAGAGGCUUUCACGUGCCACCUUCGGGAAAUGCCAAGCUCUCUGGAAUAAGUCAGGCCGUUCGCACACUGCAGCAGAAGCUGUGGAAGACUACAGCCCAAAACUUUGAAAACCAGCUGCUGCUGAAACUAAACAAAAGCUUUACUGGUCUGAAAUUGUAGAUUGUGGGCUUCCUGGGGACAUGUUAUUGUGAAUAGUACGAUCCUGAAACCAUUUUAGUUUGAAUAGUCUGAUCCUGAAGCCAUUUUAGUUUGAAUAGGCUGAUCCUGAAGCCAUUUUUAGUUUGAAUAGUCGGAUCCUACAGUAUGUGCAUUUUAUUUUGAUUUGUGAGACUUCGAAUACUGUAAUUCUUUUCUCAUAAUGUUGUUGGCUGGACAAUAGGAUUGAAACUGUUACUGAGCUCAGUCAAGGGUUUCUUUUAAGUGUGGAUGUGCACUUAUUCAACUUCGAGGCAUAUUAAACAACUUGUGCUGAACUUUA